AUGGCUCUAUCACGUUUAUCUUCUUCUUCCGUGCGAUCCAACCUCUUCAAACCCUUCUCCGCCGCCUUCACUCUCAACCGUCCGAUCUCCUCCGACACAACCGCCACUCUCACUAUCGAAACCUCCCUCCCCUUCACCGCCCACAACUGCGAACCACCUUCCCGCUCCGUCACCACAUCACCCUCCGAGCUUCUCUCAUUCUUCCGCACCAUGUCCUUAAUGCGCCGAAUGGAGAUCGCCGCCGAUUCACUCUAUAAAGCCAAACUCAUCCGCGGGUUCUGCCACCUCUACGACGGGCAGGAAGCCGUUGCUGUUGGUAUGGAAGCUGGGACAACGAGAAAGGAUUGUAUUAUUACGGCCUACCGUGAUCACUGUACUUUUCUCGGUCGAGGUGGGACUCUGCUUGAGAUUUAUGCGGAGCUUAUGGGGAGAAGAGAUGGGUGUUCGAAAGGGAAAGGUGGUUCCAUGCAUUUUUAUAAGAAGGAUUCUGGGUUUUAUGGGGGGCAUGGGAUUGUUGGGGCUCAAGUUCCUUUGGGGUGUGGUUUGGCUUUUGGUCAGAAGUAUUUGAAAGAUGAGAGUGUUACUUUUGCUUUGUAUGGAGAUGGUGCUGCUAAUCAAGGACAGCUUUUUGAGGCUCUUAAUAUUGCUGCUCUUUGGGAUCUUCCUGCUAUUUUGGUUUGUGAGAAUAAUCAUUAUGGAAUGGGAACUGCUGAGUGGAGAGCUGCUAAGAGUCCUGCUUAUUACAAGAGAGGGGAUUAUGUUCCUGGAUUGAAGGUAGAUGGCAUGGAUGUUCUUGCUGUGAAACAAGCUUGUAAAUUUGCAAAAGAGCAUGCUUUGAAGAAUGGUCCCCUUAUUCUUGAAAUGGACACUUACAGAUACCAUGGUCACUCCAUGUCUGAUCCUGGAAGCACAUACCGAACACGUGAUGAAAUUUCUGGUGUGAGACAGGAGCGUGAUCCAAUUGAGAGAGUUAGAAAGCUGUUAUUGUCUCAUGACAUUGCUACCGAAAAGGAGCUUAAGGAUACUGAAAAAGAAGUCCGAAAAGAAGUUGACGACGCCAUUGCUAAAGCAAAGGAGAGUCCAAUGCCAGAUCCUUCUGAUCUAUUUUCCAAUGUAUAUGUAAAAGGAUACGGAGUUGAGGCAUUUGGUGUUGAUAGGAAAGAAGUGCGAGUUACGUUGCCAUAA